UUCUCAAAAGCUGAUUGGAAGGUUUCUAUUUUUGCACGUGUGCAGUAGGAAUUCAACAUGGCAGCCCCCGUAGAUAUGGAAUUGAAGAAGGCUUUUGCAGAACUGCAGGCCAAAAUGAUUGACACCCAGCAGAAGGUCAAGCUAGCUGAUAUUCAGAUUGAACAAAUGAACAGAACUAAGAAGCAUGCCAAGCUUACAGAUUCAGAAAUCCUGACAUUGCCAGAUGAGACCCGAAUGUAUGAAGGCAUAGGAAGGAUGUUUAUUCUACAGUCUAAGCGUUUGAUUCAUAAACAGCUUGUGGAAAAGCAGAAGGUAGCAGAUGGAAAAAUUAAAGAACUUGAGCAGCGGAAGGCAUAUCUGGAGCGUAGUGUAAAGGAGGCUGAAGAUAAUAUCAGAGAGAUGCUAGCUGCAAGAAGGUCACAGUGAAAUAAAGCUGUGCCCAUUUGAAGCUGUACACGACUACUGUUUGGUUAUGAAUUACAUUUCUUUAUUAAUAAAAAGAAUGAAAUGGAACUGCACAGUGACAUUUUUGUAUGAAUUACAAAUAAGCCUUUUUCAUUUGCAUAUUUGUCAUACUGUAUUUGCGUAUUUCUCAUACUGUAAACAGUAUUUACGUUUUUACCAAUAAUUAAGGUACUGCAUACCUUCAUAAAUAAACAUUAAAUGCUGAAUGCCUCAGAUGAA